AUGUUGGGACGAAUCCCAACGGAUCAAAAAAAAUUCCCCUCCUAUUACUUUCAUUUGACAAUUCAUAAGUUCUUAUGCAGAUAUCCUCCAUUUUACGACGAGAGCGACGCGAAUCUUUUUGCUCAAAUCAUUAAAGGUGAAUAUGAGUUUGAUGCUCCUUAUUGGGACCAGAUCUCAGAUUCCGCAAAGGAUUUUAUAUCCCAUCUGAUGUGUUGCGAUCCAGAACAGCGCUACACCUGCGAACAAGCAUUAGAGCAUCCAUGGCGAGUUUAUAUAGGCUUACAAUGCAACUGCUGCUAUUCGUCAGCUGCAGAUGCUCAGACUGUCGUCAAAUUCCAAUCGCUUAUCCUCGCAAAGGGCCUCGACUUCGGCAGCGUUUCCAGUAUAGCAUCAGCAUGGAAUCUAUACUAA